AUGUCCGCCACUGCGACGGCGGCCCUCAAAUCUUCAUCUCAUUCUCACUCUCACUCACAGUCGCAUUCACAUUCCAAAUCUCACUCCCAUUCCCACUCGCGCUCCUCCCGGCCCACGACCACUCCACGUACUCAGCCUGCGGCAGCCUCGGUCGGUCAAUCCAUGCCACCUCACCUAUCUCCAAAUAAUGCUCGAUCUGCUCAAGCGCCUAAAGAUGUCAAGAGCCCGAGUCCCAGCUACUUUGGCUUUGUUGUGGGCAGCGAUGAUACCAUACCGCCCGACUCCAACCCGGGCGCACAUGCUCGCCAAAAUUGGACGUACCCCAACUCAGCUGCUCCGAACAACGCCCCGACUCCCCGUCAUGUGCCGCUCGAGUCCAACCCAGAGUUUGAAGCGUUUAGAAGACAGUCGGAACAUAACCACAGGUUUGCUUUGAACACGGCAUUUAGACCUUCCCAAUCUCGAAACAACUCGACGAGCACUGCUUCGCGCGUCGAGACUCCCGCAUCCCCUCAUACAAAGAGGCCUUCGAUAGAGAGAAGCUCAAAAUCAACCAAUGGAGGGUCGGCCGUGCUGCAGCAGGGUACCCAGAUGGAGGAUGUCUCCUUUUUUGAUAUCCCAAGACGACAAUCUCCGGGACCCAUCAAUUCCCAGCAUACCGUUGCCGACCACCAACACGCUCGGCUCUCUUUACCUGACAAUAGCAUCCGUACACCUCCCCUCAAGGCUGCCACAAAUUCUCAUCGCUCAGACACAUUACCCUCGUCGGGCGAUAAAGACGCUCCUCCAAUUGUUUCGCCAACCCAAAUAGCAGAAGUCAUGAAAAACCAACCAGAAAAUGUUUUGGUGCUGGACCUAAGAGUAUAUCAGCAGUAUGCCACGGCGCGGGUACGAGGAGCCCUAAAUCUAUGUAUCCCCACGACACUCCUGAAGCGACCGGCAUAUAACGUGCAAAGGCUCGCCGAGACAUUUGCAUCGGCGCGAGACCAAGAGGCCUUCGCGCGCUGGCCAAAGUGUGCCUAUAUAAUAGUGUAUGACGCCAACUCUGCCUUGCAGAAGGAGGCCGUCACUCCGUUAAACGUGCUCAAGAAAUUUACGUCAGAAGGCUGGUCUGGGACGGGGCUCGUGGUCAAAGGUGGGUUUUUGAAAUUCCAGAAACUGGUUCCGGAGCUGGUUGACAGCGGUCCUGUUCAAUCCGGAAAUGGUGCGUCCUCACAGCCGCUGUCAAUCUCAGCUCCGGGGAAGGACGCCCUGCCCGUGGCCGGAGGUUGUGCCAUGCCCUCGGAAAAGUCGGCUGCCAAUCCAUUCUUCGGGAAUAUUCGUCAGAAUAUGGACUUGAUGGACGGAGUUGGGCAGAUGCCCAUCAAGAAGCCUACCAACAUGACAUCCGAGACGGAACGACAUAUGCCGGCAUGGUUGAAAAGAGCUGCUUCAAAGUCAGACGAAGGAAGACUGGUGUCGGACAGCUUUCUCAGUAUUGAGAAGUCGGAACAGAAACGCAUGCAGGAAGCUCUCACGGCCAAAGUGUCGUAUGGGACGCCGCGGACCGAACAGCCACAAAAGAUCCAAGUUGCCGGAAUUGAGAAAGGCUCCAAGAACCGAUACAACAAUAUCUUUCCCUUUGACCAUACUCGUGUCCGGCUUCAGAAUGUUCCGAACGGUAGCUGCGACUAUAUCAACGCAAGCCACGUCAAGGCAGAGUUUUCAAACCGACGAUACAUUGCAACCCAAGCGCCCAUUCCUGCCACGUUCAACGAUUUUUGGCGCGUCGUGUGGGAACAGGAUGUCCGUGUGAUUGUCAUGCUGACGGCUGAAGCGGAAGGGGGCCAGGUCAAGAGUCAUGUUUACUGGAAACCGGGCGAGUAUGGUCCUCUAAAGCUUAAGCAGCUCUCCGAGCGCCAGGUGAGCUUGGAGACGAAGAAGUUCGCCAAUAAACUUGCACCGACAGCCAGACCGUCCAUGGCGCCUAGAAGAUCAACAACAGCCAAUAUUCCAGGAGAAAGAGGUCGAGACGAGGGGAAAUCGUCGACUUCCAAAGUCCCUACCGCAAUGGUCCGUCAUUUCUCUUUAAGUCACUCAGCGUUCCCCUUCCAGCCAAUGCGUGAGAUCACUCAGAUUCACUAUGCGGAUUGGCCAGACUUUGGGGCUCCGGCAAGCCCUCUGGAGCUGCUUGGACUCGUAGAACAGGUCAACAAGUAUGUCCGAGGAGCUGGGACUUCGUCCAACGAUGUCGUGGGACCAGAUGAAGCGACGCCCGAAGGGCAACGCCCGGUUCUAGUGCACUGCAGCGCAGGGUGUGGGCGAACGGGCACCUUCUGCACGAUUGAUUCUGUCAUCGACAUGUUGAAGAGGCAGCGGCUCUCUCACGAGGCUGGGGAAGAUAAAAUGGAUGUUGAUACUGGCGAUUGGAUAAAUCGGGAUGAUGUCGAUCUGGUGGCCAAGACCGUGGAUGACUUCCGACAUCAGCGACUGAGCAUGGUACAGAAUUUACGGCAAUUUGUUUUGUGUUACGAGAGCAUAUUACAGUGGCUUGUGAUGCAGGAAUCAGAGCAUCAGAAACGACCGGGACUACCAGACCCCAGACGGAGUUAUCACGGUUGA